AUGACAAAAAAGAAAAUUAAGUCUGUCGAACGAAAGAAUCUUCGCCAGACUGGUGGUGGUCCACAUCCAAAAAUUCCAACACUAUUAAAUUAUAAAACUUUAAACGACAUUUGUUCAUGGCUCCCUAACGAAUUUGUCAUUGACACCAAUGAAUUUAAUUCUGAUGAAAUAAAUCAGAUUGGGGAGCCAUCGCAAAAUAAAAUCGAAGUGGAUGGGAUAAAUAAACUUGUCAAUGUUGAAAACAAGUCUUCAGAUAAUGUGAGCAUCCAUAAAGCAUUGAGAUAG